CUAUAAAUAGAGCAACAUCAUCGUAUCAACCUCUACAACUCACAAGAAAAUCUAUUAGCAACAGAAAGCAAAAAAAAGAAUGGAAGUGAUCAACGUGCUUCACAUGAAUGGAGGAUUAGGAGAUGCUAGUUAUGCAAACAACUCCCUUGUUCAAGAAAAAGUGAUAUCCAUGACAAGGCCAAUACUAGAAGAAGCUGUGAUUGAUCUUUACUGCAACGCCACCUUCCCUGAAAAGCUAUGCAUCGCAGACCUGGGCUGCUCAUCCGGACCAAACACACUGCUAGCCAUUUCCGGGAUCAUGAAAACGGUGGACAAGAUCCACAAACAAGGCGGCUUUCAGUCACCAGAGUUUCAGGUCUACUUGAAUGAUCUUCCACGGAACGAUUUCAACUCCAUUUUCAGGGCCUUGCCAAAAUUCCAAGACCGAUUGAAGGAACAGAUGGGCUCUGCCUUUGGACCUUGUUUCUUCACUGGUGUCCCUGGCUCAUUUUAUGAGAGGCUGUUUCUUUCGAAAACUCUUCAUUUCGUCCAUUCUUCCUACAGUCUUCAAUGGCUUUCUCAGGUUCCUGAACUGGAAGAGACUAACAAAGGGAAUAUCUACAUGGCGAGUGCAAGCCCACCAAGCGUGCUUAAGGCAUACCAUCAACAAUUUCAAACAGAUUUCACAGCAUUUCUCAACUGUCGCUCUGAGGAACUCGUUACAGGAGGCCGCAUGGUCUUGACAUUUCUAGGGAGAAAGAGUGACGAUCCAUCAAGCAAAGAAUGUUGUUAUAUAUGGGAGCUUUUAUCCAUGGCUCUCAGGGACAUGGUUUCACAAGGACUGAUUGAAGAAAAGAAACUGGACGAGUUUAACAUCCCUCAGUACACUCCAUCUCCUAGAGAAGUGAAAGAGUUGGUGGAAAACGAAGGGUCUUUUUCCAUUGAUCGGCUGGAGGUGACUCGAGUGAACUGGAAUGUUUAUGAGAAUGAUGGUGAUUACAAUGUUACCCAGUGUAUGAGAGCAGUCGCAGAGCCCUUACUAGUCAGUCAAUUCGGAAAAACUUUGAUGGACAAGAUCUUCGAGAGGUACCGGGAGAUUAUUGCUGAUAAAAUCUCCAGAGAAACCACUCACUUCUACAACGUCACUGUUUCCAUGACCAAAACUGUUAUGUAAUUCAUGUAAUAUUCCUAAAAAUUGGUACCUGGGUGAUUAAUGAAAAACCAGAUAAUAAUACUGUAACAUAUAUGUCGUCGUUUACUCUUAUUUAAACGGCACCUGCCUGUGCAAUUUCAUUCA